AUUGUUGUGAUAAACUUAUUAAAUAGAGGAUGGUUGGUUACGAAUCGAGGUCAAGUAAUGGAUGCAUCCGGACAUCGCUCGAGCAAUGUGAACCACAAAAGGACUCCAAUAGGUGCUUCCGCGUACGAGAAACAAGAAAUAGAACCUCUACUGACCUUAACUGUUUGAAAGCGAAACAAGUUCUGUCUGAUUUGUUUCUGCCGCAGAAUUAUCCGUCCUGUGUCAGUCAGGACUAUUUAGAAUACCAGGUGUGGGAUUCUGCUCAGGCUCUGUUCAGUUCCGUGUGUGGCACUUUGGCUGCUAGGGCCACCUUUGAGGGACUGGGAGUGGGUGAACAGUCUGCUACAGUUAGUGGGGCCACAUACACUUGGAUGCUCAAAAUGAGUUCAGGAAUGAUUGGGUCAAUCGUGUUCGCCUACUACCAGAGCAGCUCUCUUGAUGCACACUGCAAACAGUGGCGUCUCUUCGCAGACAUCCUGAAUGACUUGGCCAUGACUAUGGCCAUCAUAUCUCCCCUCUUCUCUCCAUUCACGUUCGUCAUGCUCUCCUGUCUGUCCAGUCUGUUCCAUGCUCUGGUGGGAGUGGCCGGAUCCACUACACGAGCUGCACUCAGAGUGCACCAGGCGCGUGACAACAACAUGGCGGAUGUGUGUGCGAAGGACAACAGUCAGGAGCAGCUGGUCAAUCUAGUCGGUCUCCUUCUCGGGUUUCUAGUCACCUCCAUGGUAGACUUCUUCGGACAGGUGUUUGUCUGGUCACUGUUUGUCAUGUGUACAUGUUGUCAUCUGGUAUGCAACUACUACGCAGUCAAGUGUGUUACCAUGGAGUCCCUGAACCCCAGUCGCUUCCAGACUUUAGUGAACAGAUUCUGGGCUGAUUACAGACUUUCUUCGGAUCCAACUAAUCUGACAAUGAAAUCCAUUAAUCAGAGCGAAAAUCUUUUCUUCUGGAAGUUGAGGAGACUACCUAGAGUUUCGAUAGGUGUGCCUAUCAACGAGUUGCACCAACCAAUUGUUGUUAGUUCAACCGCAAGUGCUAUGUUCAGUCUUGGAAACUUGACUAGAUUGGACUGCUCUCAACUGCACAUAUCAAUAGCACUGUCAGAGGCCUGCUCAUCUUCAGACAUAGUCAGGGCUUGUUUUGUGGCCUACUCUUGCGACAUGGACUCAACUAGGUUAAAAGAACAUUUCACACUGUACGGAGAAGAAGGACUGACGAAGUAUAUGGACGAACUAGAAUCUACCUUUCCUGCGUUCCAAAGAACCUUGAAUAGUUGCGGAUGGAAAUGUGACGACCACUCAUUGCUAGAAGUUGAUGCGUGGAGGUUCUCCCCCAUUCGCUAAUGAUCAUAUGAAUCAUGGUAUAAUAGAACUUUUUUUGUAAAUUUGGUUGGAUGCCUUAUGUAAUUGACAUAUCUAAUAAAAACAAGCCGUAGUAUAAACCAGUUAACAUAAAAACCACGAAAAUACUGAGCAAUUGCAUAAUUAUUUUGUAAUAAUUAUCUAAGAGCUUCAGUUUCAAUACCAAUGACUUUACUUAUUGUCUCCGCUCAUUUUCCAUCCAUUAAGA